AUGGCCCACCAGUGGUCGGCCGAUUUCCAGGGCCCUCCUCGCGGCUCCGGGCUUUACCCCGCCCUCUCGCCGGCGUCGGGCGGGUCAUCCGGCCCCCCGUCCAAUAACCAGAUCAAUGUCUCGGCGCUGCUGCAAUCCAAUGGGUAUGGCGAUGUGCAGACCCAGUGGCCCGGUGCGGCGGUCGCUUCCCCCUGGGCCGGGGGGGCCGGCGCUGUUGCGGCCAACACCCGCAGCCCCCCGCCCUAUCAGAUGCACACGCCGCUGCUCUUUGGCACCGGUGGCCAGCCGAGUCCGGUGUUCAUGGAGCCCGGCCCGGCCGCCCCGGCCUACAGCAGCCCGGCCAUCGGGCGGGCCUCCCCCCUGCGGCUGAGCACCCCGGCGCCACACCCUUCGGACCUGGUGUACGGGCUGACCCGAUCCACCGAGUACUGGGCACAUGGGGCCGACGCGCCGCUGCCCUCCGCCUCCGGGGCCAAUCCCCAGCAGGUGGCCCCGCUGGUGCCCAGCUCCCGGUACCGGCCGUAUGCCAUGCCGGCCGGGUGGGACCUGGGCGUCGGGCCUGACGGCCGCACCUACUUCCGCCGGCAGGUGUUUGCCGGGCGCCCGCGCCCGCCUGGCUCCGGGGCAGCCGGGCCGCAGGUCGACGACAUGGCCCCGAUGUCGUGGGUCGAUCCGCGCGUGUCGCAGCAGGUGACCGCCCCACCGGUGCGCCUGCCCCCGGGCUGGGAGUGCUAUGUGGCCGUGCCGACACCCUGGGGCGAUGCCGAGGCCGGGCAGAAUGGCAAUGUCCGCCCGGGUGUCCUCUCCCCGCGCUUGUUCUAUGUCGACCACAAUCGGAAGAUCACCACCUGGGUGCCGCCCGUGUUUUGA